AGGAGGAGGAGGAGGCAGGGGGGGUGGAUACAGCCCAUGAGGGGCUCAGUGAGAGUGAGCGAGAGGAAAAGGGGCAGAGGGAGCGAAUGAGAGCGUGAGAUAAACAGAGACGGCAGCAUCCCUUCAGUGCAUUCAGCUUGCAGCAGCUCAGGAGGCAGGAAGGAAGGAAGAGGGAGAACACCAGCAUCUUUCUGAAGGGGGCGACACCAGCUUUCUCUCUCUCUCUCUCUCUCUCUCUCUCUCUCGCAGAUACACACUGUCUCACGUCACAAACACGCAUUUUCAGGAGGAGUGAGGCUCAGGAGGAGGAACACCACACGCACGCUCGCUCUUCCCCGCUGCUGCCCUCGCUGCACUUCUGGGAGCUGUCUCCUGAAGACUGGACCACGGCUGUUUCCAUCCAUCCUCGCUCGCUUCAUCCAUCCUCUCCUCCCGUCCCGCUUCCCCGUCCAACACAGGGGCAGCUUUCUGUCACGCAUUCCUCGAUCAUUCGGACUGACUCGUUCGCUCUGUCAUUCAUCUAACCUCUGAUCCGCUUCACUACAUCCUGCCUGGACAUCAGGAGGCGCCCGGUCAGGAGAAAGACACUACCACAGUCGAACUGAGAGACCCACCUUUCAACCGAAAUCAUGAACUUCCUCCGGCGCCGUCUCUCCGACAGCAGCUUCAUGUCCAACCUGCCCAAUGGCUACAUGACAGACCUUCAGAGGCCUGACCCGCCUGCCCCUCCACCCCCGACUGCCUCCUCUCCUUCCCAGCAGGGUGCAGCCCCUGCCACAGCCCCCGUCCCGGCUCACUCCCCGACCAAAGCUCCCGCUCCGGCCCAGGCGCCCGCCAGCUCCCCCGUGCCACAGGAGCGCCGUCCAUCCCAGCUGGCCCAGCAGCCCCAGCAGGCCCAGUCCUCCUCCUCCGGUGGUUCCUCUGGCUUCUUCAGCUCUUUCACCUCCAUCACCAACGCGGUCAAGCAGACGGCCGCGUCCGCCGCCGGCUUCGUGGAGCAGUCGGCCCCCUCGCCGUCCCUCUCCAAGAAGUUCAAGAUUCUGUUGGUCAUUGACGAGCCCCAGCACGAGUGGGCAAAGGUGUUCAGAGGAAAGAAGGUCCUUGGAGAAUACGACAUCAAAGUGGAGCAGGCUGAGUUUUCGGAGAUUAACCUUGUGGCUCAUUCAAAUGGAACCUGCAACGUUGACAUGCAGGUCAUCAGGGGCGGCACCAGGGUCGUCAGGUCAUUCAGGCCUGACUUUGUUUUGGUGCGCCAACACGCCUUCAGCAUGGCCCAGAAUGAAGAUUUUAGGAACUUGAUCAUUGGUCUUCAGUAUGCAGGCGUCCCCUCGGUCAACUCUCUGGACUCCAUUUACAACCUGUGUGACAAACCCUGGGCUUUUUCCCAGCUCAUCAACAACCAGAAGCGGUUGGGUUCGGAUAAGUUCCCUCUCAUCAAUCAGACCUUCUACCCCAACUAUAGAGACAUGAUUACAACACCAAGUUUCCCGGUAGUGGUAAAGAUCGGACACGCCCACUCUGGAAUGGGAAAGGUAAAGGUGGAUAAUGUGAGUGAUUUCCAGGACAUUGCGAGUGUGGUGGCCAUCACUCAGACCUACUGUACCACAGAGCCAUUUGUAGACGCCAAGUACGACAUCAGGGUCCAGAAAAUUGGAACUGACUACAAAGCUUACAUGCGAACAUCUAUCUCUGGUAACUGGAAAAGCAACACCGGAUCUGCCAUGUUGGAACAAGUAGCCAUGACUGAUAAGUAUAAACUGUGGGUUGACACCUGCUCAGAGAUCUUUGGAGGCCUGGAUAUCUGUGCCGUCAAAGCCAUCUGUGGCAAGGAUGGGAAUGACUACAUUACAGAGGUUGUGGGCUCCUCUAUGCAGCUGGUUGGUGAUCACCAGGCCGAGGAUCGCAUGCUUAUUUCUGAGGUGGUGCUGGCUAAGAUGAACCAAGCUCUGACUGCCAGGUCCUCCAGUGCCUCCCGCUCCCCUGCCCGCUCUCCUCAAGGCCAGAAGCCAACAACCAUGCAGCCCCAACAGGGUGCUUCCGUUAAGGAAGGCCUGCCAGACCCGAACAGGAGCUCAGGCCAACGCCCCCAGCCUCAAGGUGCGGCAUUGAAAUCACAGAGUGUGGACGUAACAGCAGACUCAGCAAAAAGAACAUCUGAACAUAAGCCUGACCAGGCCCAGAAACCUGUUGCAGUUCAGAAACCAGUCCAGGUUCAGAAACCGAGUCCAGUCCAAAAGGCUGCCUCGGUCACAAAGCCUCCCGUGCCGAGGCCUCCCCCGAUGAUCAGAGCCCCGUCUGUGACAAAGCCAACCCAGGAUGCUGCUUCCAGCUCAGUCCCGUCCAAAGCGUCGCCAUCAUCCCCAGCCAAAGCAGCUACAGUUCCAGGUUCUCCACCAACCAAAGCCCCAGCAGCAGCAGCAGCUUCCAGUUCCCCUCCUGCCUCUCCCAAAGCUUCUGCAGCCACCACAGAGCAGCCCAAACCCCAGCCACAAGGCUCUCCAUCGGCAGCGCCUGGGAAGCCCAAAGAGCUGCCCCCAAAACCGGCACCACCCGCGAAGCCAAUCCCGCCUGUUCGCAGGAAUUCUAAGCCACAGCUGCAGCCAAAGCCACAAACUCCCCCUCCUCCAAAAGCGUUGCCCAAACCCCAGCCCACCACUCAAGCCCAAGUCCCCGAACCCACGCUGGCUUCUGACUCCACCCAACCUGGACAGGUGCAGUCCCCCGCUAAAUCCAACCAGUCCUCGUCUAACGUCCAGUCUCAGGCUCAGGCCAGCCCUCAGGCCAAGCCAGCAUCGCCAUCCGAAAACCCCGAGGCGGCUCCAGCUGAAGCGCUCGCCGAAUCCAGUGAUGGCCAGGCGCCUGUUGAAGAGCAGCCCCAACAAAAGACCCACCCACUGCUGAAUAAGUCCCAGUCCCUGACCAAUGCCUUCAACGCCUUUAGCGACUCUUCUUUCUUCCGCGGGGUCUCAGGCUCCGCUGGCGAGGGCCAAGAAGAGGCAAAGGCCGAGACCAUUCGCAACCUUCGAAAGUCCUUUGCUAGCCUUUUCUCUGACUAGACGCAAGCGAACCACAGUCUGCCCCUCAUUGAUGCUGGUCCUCCUUUUAACUAGCGGCCAGGUCUCCUGAUCGACAUUAAAUGUGAACCAGUCUGAGAUUAAAGUUUGUGUGUUAACUGUGCUCCCCCCCCCCCCCCCCCACCAACAUCCUCUCUUAUCUUCCCAGUGAAAGUAACGGCGAGUCCUGUUGGAUGCAGAGAUUAUUGAAAGACUAACUGGUUUGAAGGAGUUACGUCAUUGAUACGGUGCCUGGCAAAAGUACUUAUAUCCCUUGAGCUUGAACAGAUUUAAGUGUAUUUUAUUGAGAAUUUAUGUUAUAGACAAACACUAAUUGUUGUGUACUUUAAAAGUGCAAGGACAAUGCCAGACUCGUGAAGGGAAUAAGUAAUAGUUAUGCUGUUACAUUGCCAUGGAAAAGAUGUCUUUUUCACAGAUGUCUUUUGGUUUGGCUUUAGUCAGACUUGCAACAGUGAGUUCAGAAGUCGACUGUUGCAUUGGGCUUUUUUCAAUGGGUCCAACAGGUAAAGGGGCAGGGUAAAUAUGCACACCACAAUCCAGUUUUAGCAUUUUAUUCAGUCAAAAAAAUUAAAGCUCUGAACUCUGUGCAUCCUGUUCCCUUUACUUCACAUUUAUGGCAUACUUUAUGCUGAUAUAUCACAUCAAAUUCCAAUAAAAUGCAUUAAAGUUGGAGGCUGUAAUGCAACAUAACCUGAAAAUGUUCAAAUCCUUGUAGACAAUUUCCACACUGCCAAGGUGAUGUGUGUAUAGCACUAAUUCCUGUCCAUGGAUAUUGAACAUGUAACGUAUUACAAUGGAUUGGGCUAUAUUCAGGUUAUCUCUAUUUAAUCUAAACUCUCAUUGAUGGCAAAUACACAUUUCUUUUAUACAAUUGUAAAUACAUUCAGACAGUAAGGGGAUAUGAGUGUUUUGUAAGGCACUGUAAAUAAAAGAGGAUAUUAUUAGACGAAAUCUAUUUAUUUUGAAGUAGAACAUUGAAAUAUUUGUAGAAAGUAACAAAUGGAAGAUGAUAGAUGGCUUGUACAUAUAAUAUUUAUACAAAGUAUAUAAAUCUGAACAUAUAUCACUAUAAAGGGACAGAAGCCAGUUAAAGGAAAAAAAAAAUCCAGCAGCAUUUUUCAGUUUUUGUCAGUGACAUAACUCUUUCAUUCAGCGGCUAGAUUUAUAGAAACUUUACCUAAUCUGACAUCGGAUGGUUUCCCCUUCAGUAAAUGUCGUCACUUUGUGAGUAAACGAAUAGUAAGAACCAUCUUUAAAGGGUUUGUUCCUCUGUAACUCCAGAUGGGUUGUCUCUGGUCCUUGGGCUGCACACCGCCAGGCUCUUCCUGGCUUCCCCCGUUCUUGUCCUAAAAAAAGGCCUUGAAGUUCAUCUUUUUUCGUGAGGGAGUCGGAUAUACGUAUGUGUGUGUGUGUGUGUGUUCAUCCGUGUUCACUAGUCGUGCAUGGCUCCUCCAAGUGGCUCGAAACGUGACUUUUGGAUCAGACGGGAGCUCUAUCAGUGUUGAGUUUUGCCCUCCGUUGCCUCUCCCCUUUCUCUAGAUGUUGUAGCCUUAUUGUGAACACGUUUUCGAUUCACAGCAGCGUCCGCUUGGCUGUGCAGACCUGGGUCAAUCACAAACUGGGAUGUAUUCAUUUACUCGAAAAAGCAGUCGGUGUUGUUCAACCGGGACAGGCAUAAUUGAGCGUAACCGCGUGGGAGCCGGUAACUGACUGACUAGAUGAAUGCAUUUCAAACAGUUACUCAUGUCUGUCGCUGUGACUGGUGAUUUUGUCGUUUCACCUCCGUGUAGAUCUAUCAGCAGUAUUGUAAUUUGUUGAUUGCUCUCAUUGAAAAGACAUUGAGACAGUAGUGCAAUAACACCUCAACGUGAUUGUUGAGCGCUGUCACCCUUAUAUGAAUAUUAUCAUACAUAAAAAUAUUUGUCUGUGUGUUAAUUUAAGAGUCUAAGUGGUCCCGGUUCCAGGUUGCUUUUAAACUGCCGUCAGGAGCAUGAUGUUUGGUGUUGGGGUUUGUUGCUAAUCUUCUUUGUGUAGUUGGAGUGAAUUUAAUGCAACCUGGAGGUCAUCUUCUAACUUCAUCGUUUAAAAAAAAAAAAAAAGGGAAAAAUCUGAAUACAACCCAUUUUAAUGCAGAUCAUUUCAACCUGUCGGCCUAUCCUUCUCCGGUACUGUUGAAAUAAAAGUUUUUGCAUAUUGUGUUUGUUUGCGUCACCCCAAGAAGUUUAUUUUUUGUAAUACAUUUAUUUAUUUAAGGCUCCAUAUUUAUGGUACAGUAUAUAAAUAUAUAUAUAUAUGGUUUGCUUUUGUUUUGUAGUGUGUUUUUAUUUGUAAUGCAAUACUGCUUUGCAUGACCUGGUGACUAAUGAUGUUCUAUUUUUUUCUGUAAAGAUAAAAGUCAAUAAAGAUGUGAUUCUAUCAUUCCACGGACUCA